UCCACUGUGCAGUACGUGCCCUACUGUGGUGCCCUGAGCCCUCGCACCGCCCUAGAGCUGGUGCGGCAGUAUGACCUCGUCGCCGACUGCUCCGAUAAUGUCCCCACCAGGUACUUGGUGAACGACGCCUGUGUCCUGGCUGGGAAACCCCUGGUGUCUGGCAGUGCCCUCCGGCUGGAGGGGCAACUAGUCGUGUACAACUACCAGGGAGGGCCCUGCUACAGGUGUCUCUUCCCCAAGCCCCCGCCACCAGAGACAGUGACUAACUGUGCAGAUGGGGGAGUGCUGGGUGUCGUGCCAGGCAUCAUGGGGUGCAUCCAGGCCUUGGAAGUACUGAAGAUUGCUUCGGGAAUGGGUUCCUCCUUCAGUCAGUUCAUGCUGAUGUUUGAUGCCCGUGAAGGGAGAUUUCGCAACAUCAAGUUAAGACCAAAGAAGCCAGACUGUGCUGUUUGUGGUGACAAUCCAUCUGUCACCUGCCUUCAGGAUUAUGAGGCAUUUUGUGGUUCUUCUGCAACGGACAAGUGUAGGACUUUACAUCUGCUGUCCAGUAAAGACAGGAUAUCUGUGGAGGAAUACAAAAAACUGUUGGAUGAGCAAGUUCCUCAUGUAUUGUUAGAUGUUCGUCCACAGGCAGAAGUGGAUAUCUGUCGCCUGGUACAUGCUGUCCACAUUCCUUUGAGUAAAUUGGAAGAAAAAGAUGAAGAAUAUCUGGAAUAUUUAGAAAAAAGAAUUUGUGAAGAAAAGCAGAGAACUAAUGGCCAAACAUCUUUUCCUGUCUAUGUUGUUUGCAAAUUAGGAAAUGACUCCCAGAAGGCUGUAAGAAUUCUGCAGGAGAUACCCGUCAAAGAAUUUGGUUCUGUGAUACCUAAGGAUAUUAAAGGGGGACUCAUGGCUUGGGCCAGUAAAAUUGACCCAACGUUUCCUCAGUAUUAG